CCCGCGGCCGGAGCCGCCACCAUGAUCGCUUUGUUCAACAAGCUGCUGGACUGGUUCAAGGCCUUAUUCUGGAAGGAAGAGAUGGAGCUCACGCUCGUGGGGCUGCAGUAUUCGGGCAAGACCACCUUCGUCAACGUGAUCGCGUCAGGACAGUUCAAUGAAGACAUGAUCCCGACUGUAGGGUUCAACAUGCGCAAAAUCACCAAAGGAAAUGUGACUAUCAAGCUCUGGGACAUUGGAGGCCAGCCCCGUUUCCGUAGCAUGUGGGAGCGAUACUGCCGAGGAGUGAGCGCCAUCGUGUACAUGGUGGAUGCUGCUGACCAGGAGAAGAUUGAAGCUUCCAAAAAUGAACUACACAAUCUACUGGACAAGCCCCAGCUGCAAGGAAUCCCGGUCCUAGUCCUGGGAAACAAGAGAGACCUCCCUGGUGCUCUGGAUGAGAAGGAGCUGAUUGAAAAAAUGAAUUUGUCCGCUAUCCAGGACCGAGAGAUCUGCUGCUAUUCUAUCUCCUGCAAAGAAAAGGAUAACAUUGAUAUCACCCUACAGUGGCUUAUCCAGCACUCAAAGUCACGGAGAAGCUGAGACAGCGGUCCAUCCCACCCCCCACCCCCACCAGGGAACGCCAUCAUCCAACUAAAGCCGCCGCAUUCCCUGCCGGUCCCUGCCGUCCCCCUUCCUCCCGCCCCCUCCUCAGUGUGUGCGGCGAGGGGGGGACUCUCUAGGGACCCAGAGUCCUGUUCUGCUGAGGUCUGAACUCCUGUUUUUAUUGUAAAGAAUACUGACCCCUCCUGGACCCGCUAACUUCUCCCCCUCCUCUGCCCUGUGUUCCUUUCCCCCAGCCCCCACGCCCAUCUCCCGACCUUGCACCACCACUCCAUCCCUGCUCUGCCCUCCCCAACACUGUUCAGUUACUGUCCUGUGUGUACAGUAUAUAUAUGUAUAUAUAUUUUAAUUUUUUAAUUUAAGCAAUGACUAAAAUCAACCAUAUGAUAAUGCCAGGGCCAGAAGUGGGUUAGGAGAGGGCAAAAAUCUUUUGGGAGGGAGAAAAGCUAUUAGGGAGGGGAAAUAUCAGGCUUGGAAAACAGGGAAGAGGCUAAUGUCCUGGGGCUGGACCCUGGCCCUGGCAUUGGUAGCCAUCCUGUUGCCCCUCUGCUGCCACCCCUAUGGGAUCCCCUUCCUUCCCUCCAGGUGGGGAGGGGCUGCUGGCACAGAUCAGUUGCCAAAGACUAUCUAUCUGGCACAGGGGUCAAGAUGCCAGCAUUCUCAUUCAGGCUUCCUCCCCCCUAACUCCUUUCCUGCCUGGUCCUGGCCCUUUAUCCCCAGAAAGGGCAGCCUGGCCAGCCCCCACUGACCGGCCUAUGCCCCUGUCCCCUGCCCCUGCCCUACCUGGGCCUCCCCAGCUCUCGCCCGCCUCCCUUUCUGUUCUUAUUUUGCAGAGUUGCACAAGGAGAGAGCUCAGCAUGGGGGAUUUUGGUUCUUUGGGGUUGGUUUUGUUUUUAUUUAAUGAAUUGUAAAGUGGCAUUUCUCUCCCCUUUUUUUACAACACUUUCUGGCUCAUAUUGGAUUCCUUCUGUUGGAAAAUGAUUCUUGUAACUGUACAAUUUUUUUUUCAGCCUCCUAAUAAUAACGAGAAUAAAUUAACAAUUUUGUGUU